AUGUUUGUGAAGGUGGUUCUCUGUGCUGUUGUGUGGCUGGUGAGUGCUUACACAGCGGCCUACCCCUGGCUUUUGUGGCCCGGGAUUGACCCCUCCGUAGCAACAGGUAUGUUUGAUCGGCGUUGGCUCAAUUUGGUUGUGAUGGUCAUUUUCAUGGUGCUCAUCGCUUGUUGCCAGUUCAAGCGGCACCCACCCUCCGCUCUUGCAUACGAUGCCAAGUGGUGUGUCUUUGGGAGCUGGCUGGAAUUGCUGGCCAUUAUAUUGUAUGAAGUAGCCAAAGCCAAUGAACGUCUGGCACAUGACAGCAACCACCUGAUGGAUUUCUUUCUUUGCAUGGCCUACAGCAUUGAAUCGGUCGUUUUGGCCUGGACCUUAGGUGCCUUCCGGUGCCACAUCAGCUCCUUGCAAUUGUCCAAAAAUGAGCUGCCCUGUGGGUGGAUCUACAUCAUGUCCCUAGCCCUUAUUGCCCAGGUUUUGGUCAAUGUGAUACAGAGGUACUUUGAUACUACUUCCUUCUCAUUGCUCCUGAGUAUACUGCUCUUGGCGGUCUUCCUAGUGAUUCUUGCAACCUAUACUGCGAAGUUUUGCUUGGUCUUGAGCCGGGGCUUGCACGUCCUGCUGGUGGAAGCGAGCCGAGUCGAGGGCUCGGCCCGUCGGAACAUGAUCUGGGCUGCUAAAGUGUUGCGGCUAGAGCUGACGGUUGUCUUUCUCUUUGGUGUUACUGUCUUCGUCGCCUGGUCCUGCAUCUUUGCCAUUCGAGUCUUGAAGCUAGCUUCUGAAGAGGACUACGGGACACUGAGAGGAAGGCUUUGGAACUAUGCGAGCUUACUCCGUCGCUUUGCAUGGGCCUUUUCUUCAACUUGCCUCACUGGCAUCCUUUGGCAAGGAAGGGAACCAUCUGAGGAUGAGAGUGGCACAGAAACCCGGCGCCACGCAAGCUCCGCGACGCGGCUCUCAGACGAUAUGGGUGAGGAGGACCGGGAGAUCUUCAAGGCGACCGUGGAAGACUUGGCGGGUCGUGGACUAACGCUUCGUUCUCUCACUGGCUUUUGGGGUGAUUUGUUGGAUCUGGAGAUUAUGCCUCACUUCGAUCCACGCCUUUCAAGUACAAAUGACGUGGUACGGCAGGCCAUCAUCCCAAUGUCUCGGCAGGGCAGUGGUGGCAAGGCUUUGGCCUGUCUUUGGGAGGAUCAGCCGCUGUUCCCAACCACCAUGGUCACGCACAACUGGUCCAAUGUCUUUGGACAUUUGGUGGCUGCGGUCCUGGCUGACGCCUUAGGAAAAGACACUUAUGCCGGUGUGGCUGCCCAGCUGACGAGCAAGAAGGGCCUUGAACAGCUGAAGCUGCACCUGGAUGCAGAGGGUAAGUUAGACUCCACUUGCUGGAUUUGUGCCUUCUCCGUGAAUCAACACGCCAGCAUUUGUGGUGGCUUUGGUCCCGAACCCGACCGAGUCAGGGAGCCCGAGAGAUGGAAGUGCUGGGACCGAAGUCGCCGGGACUCUGUCACCGACCGGGCCUUUCUGGUAUGUUCUUGCCAGGUGCCGAAGGCCUUCGACCAGAGCGACGCCAGCUGCGAAAUCAACAAGUUUGAUGACAUGAUGCACUUCCUACAACAGCAGGACAUUGGCUUCGGCCAGCUGGUGGUAGUGGAUGAGCACUUCGGGGUACUUCAUCGUGCGUGGUGCAUUGCGGAGAUCGUGGAGGGGAAUACCAUCGCUGGAGAGGAUGGCAACUUCCGCAUGCGAGCCACGGUGUACUCCCAGAAUUCGGUGUUUCUGAACUACGACAGUCUGGCGGUGCUGGACGUGCGGGAAUGCUGCGCCACCUUGGAGAAAGACCGGGAGUUCAUCCUCUCCAAGAUUGAAGGACAGGAAGCAGAAUUCAACAUGAAGCUGCAAAACUUCAUCUUCGGCUCCAAGGGUUUGUUCAGAACCUGGGUGGACAGUCGGGAGCGCGGUCGCCGGGUGGCGUUCAUCUGGCGGAAAGCGGCGGCCUUGGCAUCCGAGAAUCUUCAUCCAUCCUGUGCAGAGCGGGUGGUCGAGUUCUUCUUGUUUCGGCCACCGAUCUGGUGUCGCUGGGACACAAUAGAACCGGACUUGAGAGAUGGAGCCGAGAUGAGCCGAGUCUAG